GCCGCCUCGCCCCCGCCCUGCGCGGCUGGCGCAGGCCCCGCCCCACGACGCCGGGGGCGGGAGCGCGGCGGUCCACUUAGAUUGCCGGAAGUGGUGAGCUGCCUCACUUCCGGUGAGGUGUGUAAGAGCCGCGGGCGGCUGGGGACGGCGAUCGGCGGCGGCUCGGAUGGCGCUGUGGCUCCCGCGCUCCCGGGACGGCGGCCCUUCGUCGGAGGAGGACGAGGAGCGGGGGCUGGCUCCCACCUCUCCUCAGCGCCUGUCGGAAGUGCAGACAUACAGCCAAGGGAUCGAAUUAGCCUGCCAAAAAGAAAGAGAGUUUGUGAAACAUUCUGUAGAAUGCACGUGGAACCUAGCAGAAGCCCAGCAAAAACUUGGUAGCUUAGCGCUGCAUAAUUCAGAAUCCUGCGAUCAGGAAUUUGCUCAAGCAAAGACUGAAGCUGCAGAGUUGAGAUGGAGAGAGGAGGAGUGGAGAAGAAAAGAAGAAGCACUAAACCAGAGGGAAAGACAAAAUCUAUGGAACACAGAUCCUAUUAGUAAGGAGGUUUUUAAUAAGAGUUUUAUUAAUCAAAAAAGAAAAGAAAUAGAAGAUGAAGAUGUGUCUGAACCACUUAUGCAAAAACACGAACAAAAGAUUAGACACUUUGGUAUGCUGAGCAGAUGGGAUGAUAGUCAAAGAUUUUUGUCUGAUCACCCAUAUCUUGUAUGUGAAGAAACAUCUAGAUAUCUCAUGUUGUGGUGUUUUCAUCUAGAAGCUGAACAGAAAAGAGCUCUGAUGGAGCAAGUAGCACACCAAGCAGUUGUAAUGCAGUUUAUUAUAGAAAUUGCCAGAAGCUGCAAUGUGGAUCCAAGAGGCUGUUUUCGUCUCUUUUUCCAAAAAGCCAAAACAGGAGAAGGCUAUUUUGAGGCUUUUAAAAACGAACUUGAGGCAUUCAAGACAAGAGUGAGAAUCUGUUCACAAUCACAUGGCUUUCAAACUAUGUUACUACAUGAUCUCAGUGUCAAUCCUGGUCUUGUAGGAGAGCUGACAUCUUUUUCACAGAAUACAGGUGAUCUACAAGGUUCCAUAAAGACAGAUGCCUGCAGCUUAAACUGUGUGAUACAAAGAGAUGAAGAAGAAUCCAAAAUGAUGGACACAGUAUAGUACUCUUAAGACUGAGGCCAAGUACUCUGUUUUCUCUUUUUUCUUUUUUCUUUUUUUUUUUUUUCAAAGAAACAAACAUGGCUAUUUUCUUGACACUUAUUUUUCUGGGUACUGCACUUUAUUUUUGGUGUCAGAUUUUUGUUGUUGUUGUUGUUUGGUUUUAGUGGGGAAGGGAUUUUGAAGGGUGGGUAAUUCAGAAAAACUUGUAAUAAUGUUUGAAAAUGUGCUGCUAGGUUUUUGGUUGUCCUUGAAGAGCAGGGUUCUCAUAUUGCCGAAUGUGAAACUGGAUGUGUUUUCUGCUACUAACCUUGCCUUUCAUGACUUUAGAAAUUAAAGUAUGAAAAAAAUCUGCACAAAUACAAUGUUUACAAGAAGCGGUAGAUUCUUGGUAGAAUCUGCUAUUGUCUUACUACAGAUGUGGACAUGUUUUACUCUAUGAAUAUUGGAGAUCACAAUUGUAUUCAUGCUACCUUGCUGACAUUAUAAGCUCUCAAAUUUCAUUAUCACUAAUAGCAAUAAAUCAAUAUCUGGUAUCAGUAUUUCAGAUCUGAAUGGAUUAGAUUAAAACACUGGCUUUCUACCUCUGUUAAGGGGAUUUAAAUGUUACAUUGUGCUUUCAUUAAACAUAACUUGGUUUUGUCCUAAAAUGUAAGCAAUGCUUGUCUACGUAAGAGUGCUGGGUUGUACAAUUUCUA